UACAGUUUUACUCGCAUAUUGUUCAUUUUCAUAUUCUUUUGUUUGCAAAAAGUACCCUUUUUUCUUGUCAUAUUUUGCACUAAAAAAUAUGCAGACACCUCACUAUUCACACCUAUAUAACCAUAUAAUUUCCCAAACGAGUACAUAUAUACUCAAAAAGAUAAAAAGUCACCACCACAACAAACUUCUUCUUCUUCAUCGUCACUACCACCUACCACUCCACUUUUUUUCAGUUUCUGCCAUGGGAGUGAGCAACAACAUAACCGCGGUACUCAACUUCAUCGCCUUUCUCUGCUCCAUACCCAUAAUCGCCGCCGGAACAUGGCUUGCCUCCAAGCCCGACAACGAGUGCAUCCACGCGUUCCGGUGGCCGGUGGUCAUCCUCGGCAUCCUCAUCCUCCUCGUCUCACUCGCCGGCUUCGUUGGCGCUUACUGGAACAAGCAAAGUCUCCUUGCCUUUUACCUCUUCUGUAUGGCCAUCCUCAUAGCUCUCCUUCUCAUUCUGCUCGUCUUCGCUUUUGUCGUCACGCGCCGCGACGGCAGCUACCAAGUCCCCGGUCGCAAUUACAAGGAGUACCGCCUCGACGGGUUCUCCGAUUGGCUCAGGGACCGAGUCACCAGCUCGGCCAAUUGGGGAAAAAUUAGGACGUGUUUGGCUGAUUCCGAUGUUUGUAUCAAGCUUAACCAGGAUUACAUCACCGCCGAUCAGUUCUUCAAUGGUCACAUCUCUCCACUCCAGGCAAGAUGUUGUAAACCCCCAACAGUUUGUGGCUACAACUAUGUGAACCCUACACUUUGGAUAAACCCAGUUAACCAAGUAGGUGAUCCUGACUGCUUCUUGUGGAGCAAUGACCAAACCCAGCUUUGCUACAAUUGUAACUCUUGCAAGGCAGGCCUUUUGGGCAACCUCAGAAAAGAAUGGAGGAAAGCCAAUGUGAUUCUCAUAGUGGCAGUUGUUGUAUUGAUUUGGGUCUAUCUCAUUGCCUGCAGCGCCUUCAAGAAUGCCCAGACAGAGGACCUCUUCCGCCGUUACAAGCAGGGUUGGGUCUGAUCUUGUUCCCAGACCACACAUUUUCUCAUCAUCCUCCUAUUGUGGAGAUGUGUCCGUGUCAAAGUAAUGUACAUAUUCACUGUUUUCUACUCUUUUUUUUUUUAAAUAGAAAAAGAAAAAGAAAAGUCUGUUUAGAAUGUGUGGUGGUAAGUUGAGUUUUCCACGUACUGAUUUCUAAGUUAUCAUCAGCUUUUAACUGGGUAUUGGAUUCUUCUUUUCAGUGACCACUUUGGCUUCUUUCACAGAGAAAUAUUUUUAUUUUAUUUUUUGGCA